AUGGCGGGUUUGGGCACCUCCAACGAAGCUUUCUCGAGGUGGUCAUGGACUCCCCGGAGAGAUGGAUCCCCUGUGGGAUCGACAGGUGACGGAGCGAGCGUGGCGUCAACGAGACGGAUGCACGUGCAGCUGGUGGACUGCGUCCCUGGUUUACGCGGCCUUCGCGAAAGGGUGCUGCUAAAGAGUCAGGACGUUUUGGCAGACGCUCAUUUGGAGAUCCAGGAUGACCGGAAUCCAAGCCAGCCAUGCUUGAUUUCUCGCAGGCUUUUGACUGUUUUUUGUAGAUUUGAUCCUUUGAGAAGAAAUUCAAAGCUGGAGGUGUCUGACCACUUAUCCAUGUCACCUUGUGACACGUCGCCACGACAUGUCCUUCGGUGCACCGUCGCAUGUGCCCGGGUUCGCAUGUUCGGAACGCCGACACGGGCGGCCAGGGACGAAGUGGUCCCAUCGCCGUUCCCGAAGUUUCGCAGCGAGUUGGGCCGUCGAUAA